AUGAAUGGGUGCGUCAAAGACUUCACCUCUUCUUCUUUGUCAGUUCGUGAGUAUGAAUAUAAGGAUGUUCUCGAAGUGGAUGUCAGUACGGAAAUAAUUUGUGUAAGAUUUCCAUGCUUUUCAUUACAUAUCAGUGUCGGUGAUUUGUUAUGUUUAGCCGAAGGCGAACUAUUAAAUGGCACUAUCAUCGAUUUUUAUCUAAAUCAUAUCAGAUGCCAUCUCAUACAAGAUUCGACAUUGCGAAUUCAUAUAUUUCCGUCACUGUUUUGGGGCAAUUUGAAAAUGUGGAUGAGAAUGAUGAGUGCAGAAAAUACAGAAGCGUUCACUGUUGAAGAAAUUGGCUCUGCCAAUGAAGUCUUGAAUCCUAAUUCUGUUCAGUACUGGCUUCAAGAGGAAGACAUAUUUGACUCAGAUUUCUUGGUCAUUCCUGUUAACGAAUACAACCACUGGUUAGAUACAGGAUUUUUUAAAUGUUUAUUGUCUCUAGCCAUAAUCUUCAUCUCUUGUUUAACACCGCAAUUUCCCGUUUACGAACCACUAAUUAUAAUGUUUGAUUCUCAGCAGGCUGUUGAAUUGCCAUGUACAGAAGAUGUUACAAAUAUUCUCAGAACGUUCCUCUUUCAUACUUCCAAGUUGAGUACACGAAAAGAAAAUCUGGUGACAAAGCAUAUUAAGACAGUUAUACCAAAAAAUUUGCCUCAGCAAGAGAAUGAUGUUGACUGCGGGUUGUACAUAUUAGAAUAUGCACAGCGUUUCUUACUCCAGCCCCCUAUCAAGGAUUUGUCUCUUUACAACGAAUUCGAUUUCUCAUCCCAUUAUCCAGAUUUCACUGUGAUAUCAAAACGUCAGAGCAUUCGUAGCACAUUAUUUACGCUUUGUGCCGAUAGUAAGAAGUGGUCAUAUUUCUUUGAUGUUGAACAGUAA